AUGGUGGGCAACUGUACAUCGAGGCAUACUUGUCGGAUCUGCCGCCGCAAGCAUCAUACUUUGGUUCAUGGCUCGUCGCAGCCAAUUCAAAAUGGCAACAACAUUGACACAGCAAGUGUUGGCAGCCGCGAUCGACCAGCAGUCUCACAUGCGGGAUCUACAAUUGGCCACAAUCAACCGUUAGCUCGAGAAGGUCAUCGCUUGGGAAGCGAGACUCCCGCGGAAAACAACUUUACGCAUCAUACUCUGGAGAAUAUUCCGGCGGCUGGUUCUCAGACUCUGUUGCCAACCAUCCUUGCUGACGUCAUCGACGCCUGGGGAAACACUACAACCUGCAGGCUGCUCCUGGACACUGGAUCUACAAUAACCUUGGCAUCGGAAUCAUUUGUUCAGCGAAUAGGCGUGCGUCGAACGCACGCACGGAUUUCUAUUCUCGGUCUCGCCGCCAACAGCGCGGGCGUUACCCGAGGACGCGCACAUAUCAAGCUGCGCUCUCGUCAUUCGGGCCAAACUGUCGAACUGGUCUCAUUCAUUCUCAACUUGCUGACGUCAUCACUUCCUGCCCAAGUUAUUGACACCUCAUCCUCUACGUGGAGGCAAAUCUGCGAGCUUCCUUUGGCAGACCCAACGUUCUGCACACCUGGAGCAAUCGAUGUCAUUGUUGGAUCGGAUCAACUUUGGUCUCUAUACACAGGAGAUCGGAAACACUUUGGUAACGACUUUCCUAUCGCUCUCAAUACUGUAUUUGGUUGGAUUCUUGGAGGCUCUUACUCUGCAUUCGAUGAUCACCCUACUUCUGCGGUUACUCAUCACGCGGACCUAGACGCGAUGGUUCGUUCAUUCAUGGAGAUGGACAGCAUUCAGCCUAACCAGGCUCUCCUGGACGCCAGCGAUCCCACAGAGCGUCAUUUUGCUGCCACACACAAGCGCUCGACGGACGGGGUGUACGUCGUCGAGUAUCCCUUCAAGGAGAAGGCACCGCCUAUUGAUUCGACCUUGCCACAGGCCAUCAAUCGCUUCUUCUCGCUGGAACGCAAAUUUCGUCGGUAUCCAGAAUUGAAGCAGCAGUACGAAGCUUUCCUGGACGACUACUUGCAACGUGGACAUAUGGAAACACCUGACCUCGGCUCAGGUUGA